CUUGAGAGAAUAGAAUUAAUUGUAUGUGAACGUCAAUCAUGUGAAAACGAUAAAUAUUUAAUGCGAAUCUAAUUAAGUUUAUGAGACAAAAUGAAUCACGACGAUAUAAAAGCGGUGGUGCAAGAAAAGUUUCUGUCGAGCGAAAGAGUUACAGCGUUUUUAUGCGACGCCAAAGUCUUGCAGCCGGAAUGGGUAAACAAGGACAGAAUAUUAGCUAUCGUCGAGUACGGAGACGAGAAGGCAGUGUUCUGCCUGUACACGUCGUGCUACCCACCUAAAUCUUUCACGGAUUUAUCUAUAGAAGUCGUGCUACCCGUAGACAGCAGCUUUAAAUGCGAAAUAGAUAACAAGCCUUCUGACCCUGAAGCAGUGCUGUACCUGAAUCUCCAGUCUCGUAGUAAUAAGUACAAAUUUGAGAUCGCAAUGACCCCGCACGUCGAUUACUUCGUCGAUGACCUCUUUAGAGGAAUAGAAGCUGUGAACAAGGUGCCAAGGCAGCCGGAAUUUGUCUGGCUUAAAAAGUAUAGUGGAAAAAAUGAUGAGGACAUCAUCGCUGAGAGUAUGGUUGUUCCUCGACGUAACGUCGCGCACACGCUUAAUUCUGCGCCUGUUGCCAUCCGAGAAAGCUUAAUCAAGAGGAGGAUGUCAGACAAGGAGUCAGACUAUACAUUUACGAAACAAUUUACUGUGUUUUGUGGAACUUGGAAUGUUAAUGAUAAAGCUCCUGUGAUUCCCUUGAAGGGAUGGCUGUGUGUGGACAAGGAGCCUCCGGACCUGUAUGCUGUGGGUUUCCAAGAGCUUGAUCUGUCUAAAGAAACAUUUCUCUUCGAUCAGACACUCAGGGAAGAUGAGUGGUAUGCAGCUGUAUUAAAUUAUAUUGAUCCAAGGGCUAAGUAUGUAAAAGUUGAAAAGGUGAGACUUGUUGGCAUGUUGCUGAUAAUCCUUAUAAAGGAAAAAUAUAUACAUCAUGUCAGGAAUGUUGUGUGCGACACAGUAGGAACUGGUAUCAUGGGAAAGAUGGGGAACAAGGGAGGAGUCGCUAUUAGACUUGAUCUGCACAGCACCUCCUUGUGCUUUGUGAACUCCCAUUUAGCUGCACAUGUUGAAGAAUAUGAGAGGAGGAACCAGGACUUCAGGGACAUCUGCAACAGGAUGAGGUUCACACAGCCAAACCAGCAAGCAAAAGCCAUCAAAGAUCAUGACCAUAUCUACUGGUUAGGUGAUCUAAACUAUCGAAUUACUGAACUAGAUCCAACAAGUGUGAAAAAGUUGGUGGAUGAACGGAACUUUGUCACCGUCCUAGAGUUUGAUCAACUGAAACAACAACACAAAAACAAUCAGGUCUUUGUAGGAUAUACAGAAGGUACUAUCAAUUUUAAGCCCACUUACAAAUAUGAUCCUGGGACUGACAACUGGGACUCCAGUGAAAAAAACAGGGCUCCUGCCUGGUGCGACAGAAUAUUCUGGAGAGGAGAGAAUGUGAAUCAACUGGAAUACCGAAGCCACCCGGCUCUCAACAUCAGUGACCAUAAACCUGUGUCUGCUAUAUUUAACUCUUUUAUCAAAAUUAUUAAUGAGGAAAAAUAUAAAAAGGUGUAUGAGGAAGUUAUUAAACAACUUGACAAACUCGAAAAUGAACUCAUCCCACAGGUAAAAGUUGACCACACUGAAAUUGACUUUGACACAGUAAGAUACCUAGAGCUCCAAGUACGAACCAUCACUAUAACUAAUAUAGGAAAGCUGCCUGUAGAAUUUGAAUUCAUUAAAAAGUUGGACGAGACAAGCUUCUGUAAAGACUGGCUGAUAGUGGAGCCAUAUAAGAAAUGCAUAUGUGCAGAUGAGGCAUGCGAAAUUCAACUUAAGGUACUUAUAAAUAAAACUUCAGCUUGCAAAAUGAAUGCAGGAACUGAUAAAUUGUAUGAUAUUUUGGUGCUGCACUUAUUUGGUGGGAAAGAUAUCUUUAUUACAAUCAAUGGGACAUAUCAGAGGAGCUGUUUUGGUUGCUCCAUAGAAGUUCUUGUGAACCUGAACAUGCCUAUACGUGAGGUGCCUCUAGGUAAACUGAUUGAACUUGAAAACAAGAGGGAUCAAUGUGUUUCAAACCAGUCAACAUAUUCAAUACCAAAAGAGAUCUGGUUUUUAGUUGAUCACAUAUACUUGCAUGGUUUAAAAGAACCAAACCUGUUUGAACAGCCUGGUUUACACAGUGAGGUACUUCAGAUCAGGGAUUGGCUGGACAGCGGUUCCGUGGAUCCGAUUCCGGGCAGUAUCCACUCUGUAGCAGAGGCGCUACUAUUACUACUAGAGAGCACCGCAGAUCCGAUUAUUCCGUACAAUCUACAAGCUGCCAGUCUCCGAGCUUCCGCAAACUAUUUACAAUGCAAGCAGAUAAUUCUAGAACUACCUGAAUUUAGGAAAAAUGUCUUCUUAUACUUGUGCGAGUUUCUACAAGAAGCACUUCAACACAGCGCCGAGAACGGUCUCGACUCGAAGACGCUAUCAACUUUGUUUGGUUCGAUAUUUUUAAGAGACAACCCUAAUCAAACGCAGGAGCCUCAGUCGAGGAUAAACAAGCAAAUUAUUGACAAGAAGAAGGCCCACUUUGUUUACCAUUUUUUGGUAAAUGACCACAGUGACUUAAUAUUUUCUAGAUAAUUUCUCUGACUCCCUUGAGAGUACAUCGUCGCUAUACUUACUCAA